AUGACCACGUACGACGAGUACGGCAUUCCCGUUGGCGCAUACUCUGAGCCAGAGAGCUUGACACACCAAGCAUGGAGACUGGCGAGAGCUUUCUUUCUCUACCGCAUACGGCCUGCAGUGCAGGCUAGGACCAAUGCGCUGCGGAGCGGCAAUUGGGGCAUCAAACGGCUAUUCACGCUUGUAAACGCGCUGGUGAUGCUUUGGUGGGUGGUUCUGUACUGGGGCGAAAGAGGCGUCUUCAACAGCGCUAUUGGGAGUUGCAACUGGGACAAGUGGGAGAAUUGGGAAGCGGGCGCAAACCCUCACAGGCUCAUCUUCGUCGCCGAUCCGCAACUCAUAGACCCGCAUACGUAUCCCGGCCGCCCAUGGCCUCUUAAUCCUCUGACGUACAAAUACACCGAUCUCUACCUGCGUCGCACCUACUCGCGCUUCCAGACUAUCCUAUAUCCGGAUACCAUAUUCUUCCUCGGCGACCUGUUUGAUGGCGGUCGUGAGUGGUCGACGCGCACAACUACGUCGCCAGAGAAGCAGUACCGCAAGUAUGGCGACGACUUUUGGAUGAACGAGUAUAGGCGAUUUGGCGAUAUCUUCUUCAAGCACUGGGGUGAUGCGGGAAUGAAUCCCAGAUCUGGACAGCGAGGGAGGAAGAUUAUAAGCAGUUUGCCUGGAAAUCACGACUUGGGCUUUGCGAGAGGUGUUCAGGUCGGUGUCAGGAACAGGUUCAAUGCCUAUUUCGGCGACGGAAACAGGAUCGAUGUCAUUGCGAAUCAUACAUUCGUCUCUAUAGACAGUGUCUCGUUGAGCGCAUUCGGCCAGGAAAAUCCACAUGAAGUCGAGAAUAUCUGGAAGCCUACCAAGGAUUUUCUCGAAAACGCAAAACGACAAAAGAAGCGUCUCAUUCAGCGCGAGCUACGCGCACAGCAAGGUCUCAAACCCUACCCCGGCAUGCUUCACCAAGAGAUCAAGCGCGAAGACCUAGCCAAAGCCGAACUCCCACACGCAAACGACGACGUAACCGAGUUUCCAACCAUCCUCCUCUCCCACGUCCCCCUAUACCGCGCCCCCGGUACACCCUGCGGGCCCCUCCGCGAACACUGGCCCCCGACGCCUCCGCCCGCCGGCCAACCCCCCCUCGAACACGACGACCGCAACGCCAUCUCCGUACGCGGCGGCUACCAAUACCAAAACGUGCUGAACCGCGAAAUCACCGCCGACAUAGCGGAGAAGGUCGGCGAUAUACGAUAUGCCUUUUCGGGCGACGACCACGACUACUGCGAAGUCGUGCACAAAGCCUACCCCAGCGGCGGCGGCGGCAUCCGCGAGGUCACCGUCAAAAGCAUAAGCUGGGCCAUGGGCGUCCGUCUACCAGGCAUCGUCAUGCUCAGUCUGUGGAACCCCGUUGAUAUCCACGGCAACCCUAAGAACGGCGAUGCUAGUAAAACAGUGCAGAUGAAACAAUGUCUCCUCCCCGAUCAAAUCGGUACUUUUGUAAAGUAUGGGUUACUCUUCGGUAUUACGCUUCUUUUACUACUCGGACGCGCUGUUUUAGUAACUUUUGGUCUCUGGGGUCGAGAUCCUGAUGCUCCGAAUUCUACAAGCCCCCUCCUACCCACGACAAACACCUUUUCUUCCGCCUCUUAUUCGACGGAUUCAGAUAAACACAACUACACCCACGAACCCCAAUCUUCAAACUCGUCUACCUCGUCCGAACGCACCGGUAUCUUACUCUCCACUCGUACACCACAGGCUAGAACACGCGCUCCCACUUAUUCCUCUACCACUCCACAGCAGCAACAUCAACAAACAUACUCGUUCCCCCUCGUCCAACACGCAGGCUACAACCCCGCAAACGACGAUAGCUACACCGGAGAUGACAAGGAGAAAUCGAGGGCAAGGGUCAAGUUUUAUGGACAACCUGGAGCAGGAGGCAAGAAGAGGAAAAUGAGAAAGGGGUUGAGGUUGUGGUGGUAUGAGUUUCGGAUGGGCUUGGGGAAGGUGGUGGGGUGUGGGUUGGUGUGGUAUGUUUGGUUGGUUUGGAGGGGGUGA